UAUCCGUCAGUUGCGUUAUUACUGUUGGCUUAUCUAGCUGGUGCCGUGUCGGUACCAAAGUUUUCACUCCAGUCCAAUGGUGGGGUAUUUACUUCUUCAGAUUCCCCUGGUAUUCAACAACUCGGUUUUAUUUAUAAAAUAAAUGACGAUAAAGAUGAACAUAUUGGUGUUGCUAUUAAAUCUGUUGAUGGUUUAUGGCGAUUUAUUGAUACAAAUCUAGUAGCAACAAAGAAAGUCAGCUUUUAUACUUUUACACAAUUGGAGAAUGGCGAUAAUGUGGAAAGUCUGAUUCAAGAAUGGAAAUAUGCUCCAUUGGCUACUCUUCCACCAAGACGAAUGCGAGGUGCUGUUGCUUUUCGUGAUGAUUUUACGAAUGCUCAUUUAAAUCCCAAUCAUUGGAUAACUCAAGUUACCAGUGGCACUGGUUGGCGCAACGAAUUCCAGGUGUAUACAAACGAUCAGAGAAAUCUAUAUAUUAAAAAUGGACACCUUUACCUGAAACCUACAUUAACAAUUGAUAGUGGUCAUUUUACUCAGCAUGAUUUAUACCAUGGUGUUAUGGAUGUCAAAAAAACUUGGGGUACGUGUACUUAUGCUCCCAAUCGAGGAUGUUUGAGAGAUGCUAAAGAUGGUCUGCUGCUACCUAUUUUAUCUGCUAGAAUAGAUUCUAUAGCAACGUUAAAAUAUGGUCAAAUUACCGUUCGUGCACAGAUACCCAGAGGUGACUGGAUAUGGCCAGCGAUAUGGCUGAUGCCAAAGCACAGCAUCUAUGGUCCUUGGCCUAAAUCUGGUGAAAUAGAUAUGAUGGAAGCAGCGUGUAAUGAACAUGCUGUAUGGGAUAAUGGUCAGAAAGUUGGAAUACAGAGAGUUCAGUCCACUCUUCACCUGGGCACAGACCACGCCCAUGAUCACCAGGUUUACGACUGGGCAUUUAAAUCUAAAGGGGAUUGGCAUGAUUUUCACGACUAUAAAUUAUAUUGGACACCUGAUCAUGUCAUCAUGAGUAUUGAUGAUCAGGUCAUUACUAGAAUGGAUAUACCAGAUGGUUCUACUGUAUGGGAUCACUAUAAACUACAUGGUACAAAUCCAUGGAAACACGGCACCAAGAUAGCACCAUUUGAUCAAGAGUUUUAUUUGAUUUUAAACGUUGCUGUUGGUGGUACGUAUACCAUGUUUGGAGAUAAUACACACUACGCUUACCCUAAACCGUGGAGUAAUAAUGAUACCGAUCCAGCGAAGAAUUUCUGGGCGGGUAGACACAAUUGGUUACCGACCUGGCACGGUGACGAUGUUGCCAUGAUUGUGGAUUAUGUGGAAAUGAGGCACCUGUAG